AGCAAGACUGCUGCCCGCUGAACCGAGGACGUGUCUAGGCAGCCGCCGUGCCUCGGGCGCCCAGAGCCAUGCGGCUCGUGCUGGCCAACGGGCUCUUCUGGGGCAACGCCCUGGUCGCCACCCUGGCUGUGGGCAUCGCGCUGCUCGGCGCCAGCUUCGGAGUCCGAUGGAAGAGGCACAUCCUUGCCCUCAUGCCAGGACACCACCUCUCACUGGUCUCCGUCUUCCUAGUGGGCAGCGGCUGUGUGCUUCUCGUGGUGAGCUUGUUCGGGCUGUUCAUCUCGUGGCGACUGCGCAAGCGCGACCGCGUCAAGGAGGGCGGCCUGUCGGCGGAGCGCGGGGCGCGCGGUUGCGCCGUCUUCAACGCCAUGGCCGCGGUGGUGAUCGUCAACGUGGCGCUGAGCUCGGCGAUCGUGUACCGGUACGUGAUGCGCGCCCGGCUGGACGUGGACGAGGACCUCAAGUACGCCAUGUACCAGUACUUCGUGGACGCCUCGUCGCGCGACAAGCUCGACAGCCUGCACCGCGAGUUCAAGUGCUGCGGUAUACGCAACUACACCGACUGGACUAUGGCCACCAGGGCCGUCGCCGAUCAUGCUGGAGGAGGACGCAAGACGUCGGCAUCUCGGUCGUUUGUGCCUCGCACGUGCUGCGUAGUGGAGAGUUCGGAAGGCGCCUGCCUCAAGUACCACGAGCAGGGAUGCCGAGACGUGCUCGUCGACUACUUCAACAUGCUCAUGCCCUCGGUGAUCUUCUGCGCCGUCUGCGUCACCAUCUGGCUCGCCACUCUGAUCCUCACUUCUUAUCGCCUGCGCAGGAUUCUGCUGGAGAAUCCCCACCUCUGAAGAUUCGUGCAUUGGAAGAUAAAGCAAUAAU